UUUUAUAAUAAUAUAUGAGAACAAUCAACUCUUAUCCACUACAGUUCUACACACCCACACCUGGAAAGCUUGAAAGAGCAUAGCAAUGAAGCACACAAGAAACAACUAUGUCAUCCUUCUACAAAUAAUCCUACUAUUAUCCCUUAACUUCUACCUUUCUUCAUCAUCAUCAACCCCAAAAUCCUCCAUAGUCUUCACCACACUUGGUCGUUCAAGGUACAAUUUCGACAUCUACACUUUACCAAUCUUCACCACUAAAUCCUCAGCCUCCAUUUCCAAUCAUCAUCAAGAGCUCAAAGUCACAGAUGGUAUCUCCGUCAACUUCAACGGCCACUUCCCCAUCAAUUCAACCUCCAUUUUCUCUCUCCUCAAUCAACCCAACUCACCACCUUCACCCACCACUAAUAUCCAACUCAUUUACGUCACCGAAAGAAACGGGUCCUUUAAUAUCUACUUCGACUCGGUUCAUGACUCACUGAGUCGACCCGGGUCGAGGUCUGCCCUCGAACUCCGAGUUCCGGGCCGAGUUCAAGUACCUUUGCUGGGGGUUAAUGAGAAUGAGAGGGUGUCGAUGAAGGAUCGUCCGAGUUUGGUGGGCGAACACGUCGUUUACGUGUCGACUCACCAGAACUCGGGCGUGGCUCGGACGAGUUGGGCGGCUGUGUACUCGACCCAUAUUUUAACCGGGUCGACUCGGAGGCUGACCCCUUUUGGGGUGGCGGAUUUUAGCCCGGCAGUUUCACCGUCUGGUGUUUUUACGGCGGUUGCGUCGUAUGGUGAGGAAGGAUGGAGUGGGGAUGUUGAGGAACUUCGUACGGACAUAUAUGUGUUUUUGACUCGGGACGGGUCAGACCGAGUUAAGGUUGUGGAACACGGUGGGUGGCCGAGUUGGGUUGAUGAUAGAACGAUUUACUUUCAUAGGAGGGAUGAUGAUGAUGGGUGGUGGAGUGUUUACAAGGCGGUUCUUCCACGAGAAGGGCGAGUCGACACCGAGUCUGUGGUUGUUGAGCGAGUUACUCCACCGAGUUUACAUGUGUUCACUCCCGCCACUUCACCGGGUAAUCAUGAGUUUAUUGUUGUGGCUACUAGGAGACCCGGGUCUGAUUAUAGACAUAUUGAGAUAUUUGAUCUUAAAAAUAAGGAGUUUAAGGAAGUGACCCGGUUCGUUUCGCCACAUUCUCAUCACUUGAACCCGUUUAUUUCGCCCGAUGGUACUCGAGUUGGGUAUCAUAAGUGUAGGGGUGGGGAAAAUGGGGGUAAUGAAAGGGGUGGAGGUCGUAUACUUCUACUUGAAAAUCUCAAAAUUCCCGAGCAUGAAAUCUCUUUAUUUCGGAUUGAUGGGUCUUUUCCGUCUUUUUCGCCUGCGGGUAAUCGGAUUGCUUAUUUGGCGGACUUGGAUGCGGGGUACCUAUAUGUUGUGGACCAUGAUGGUUCGAAUAAGAAGUUGGUUCACAAGGGAAUGGCCUUUACAACGGCUUGGGAUCAUGUGAGGAAGGGUGUGAUUUAUACGACUAUUGGUCCUAAUUUUGCUUCGGAAAGAACUAAAGUUGAUAUCAUCUCUAUUAACGUGGAUGAUCCUGAGUUAUCUUAUAAGAAAUUAACCCAAGGAGGUGAAAACAAUGCGUUUCCAUCACCUUCUCCGGAUGGUAAAUGGAUCGUGUUCAGAUCAGGUAGAUCGGGUCAUAAAAAUCUAUACAUCAUGGAUGCUGAGGAAGGUGAAAUAGGUGGCAUUCGAAGGCUUACAGAGGGUCCAUGGAGUGACACCAUGUGCAACUGGUCACCCGAUGGAGAAUGGAUUGCGUUUUCGUCUGAUCGAGAGAAUCCGGGUAGUGGGAGCUUUGAGAUAUUCAUGAUGCACCCGAAUGGGACGGGGCUCCACAAGGUGAUCCAAAGUGGAAUUGGCGGGCGGGCAAAUCAUCCAUGGUUUAGUCCAGAUGGAAAGAGCAUUGUGUUUACUUCGGACUAUGGUGGAGUGUCAGCUGAGCCCAUCUCAAACCCACACCAUUACCAGCCUUAUGGGGAAAUCUUCAUUGCAAAAAUAGAUGGAUCGGAUAUUCGGAGAUUGACCCAUAAUUCAUACGAGGAUGGAACUCCUACAUGGGGACCCAUGUUUCUGAGCCCAGUAGAUGUGGCUGAACCAACUAGUGAACCUAAGUGCUUGUUUCAGGACUGCCAUUGGCUCAAUAUAUAAAGAUGCAUCAAUUGGAGCUCAAUGUUAGAAAGUUAAGUUAGUGAUUUGCCUAUGUAAAAAGUUUUGCACUUUGCAUAUAUAGCCCAAUAAGAAGAGCUUGUUUCUAUCUCUUUUGUGUCAGUGAUGUGGAAAUUGCUAAAUAUAAUAUAUUUUGUCUGAAU